UACAGAGGAUCACCUCCCACCCGCAGGAAUUUGACUCUCUGGGGCAUGAAUACUAAGCUAUUUGGUUCUGGGCUGUGCUAGCAGGACCCUUCAACAGAAUUGCAAUGGCCACAGCAGCCGCUUCUCACCUGAACCUGGAUGCCCUCCGGGAAGUACUGGAAUGCCCUAUUUGUAUGGAAUCCUUCACAGAAGAGCAGCUGCGGCCCAAACUUCUACACUGUGGCCAUACCAUCUGCCGCCAGUGCCUGGAGAAGCUUCUGGCUAGUAGCAUCAAUGGUGUUCGAUGCCCCUUUUGCAGCAAGAUUACACGUAUAACAAGCCUCACUCAGCUGACAGACAACUUGACAGUGCUGAAGAUCAUUGACACAGCUGGGCUCAGUGAGGCUGUGGGCCUGCUCAUGUGCCGGUCAUGUGGGCGGCGGUUACCCAGGCAGUUCUGUAGGAGUUGUGGCUUGGUGUUGUGUGAGCCCUGCCGUGAGGCAGAACACCAGCCUCCUGGUCACAGUACACUCCCUGUCAAAGAGGCAGCUGAGGAGCGGCGUCAGGACUUUGGAGAGAAGUUGACACGCCUGCGGGAACUUAUGGGGGAGCUACAGCGGCGGAAGGUGGCCUUGGAAGGUGUCUCUAAGGACCUGCAAGCUAGGUAUAAAGCAGUUCUUCAGGAAUAUGGGCAUGAGGAACGCAGGGUCCAGGAUGAGCUAGCUCGAUCUCGGAAGUUCUUCACAAGCUCUUUGGCUGAAGUUGAGAAGUGCAAUAGUCAAGUAGUGGAGGAACAGAGUUAUCUGCUUAACAUUGCUGAGGUACAGGCUGUGUCUCGCUGUGACUACUUCCUGGCCAAGAUCAAGCAGGCCGAUGUAGCACUGUUGGAGGAGACAGCUGAUGAAGAGGAACCAGAGCUCACUGCGAGCCUGCCCCGGGAACUCACCCUGCAAGAUGUGGAACUCCUUAAGGUGGGUCAUGUUGGCCCUCUCCAAAUUGGGCAAGCUGUUAAGAAGCCCCGGACAGUUAACAUGGAAGAUUCUUGGGCCAUGGAAGCUGCAACUUCUGCUGCCUCUACCACUGUUACUUUUAGAGAGAUGGACAUGAGCCCUGAGGAAGUAGUUGCCAGCCCUAGGGCUUCACCUGCUAAACAGCGGGGUUCUGAGGCAGCCUCCAAUAUCCAACAGUGCCUCUUUCUCAAGAAGAUGGGGGCCAAGGGCAGCACUCCAGGCAUGUUUAAUCUUCCAGUCAGUCUCUAUGUGACCAGUCAAGGUGAAGUGCUGGUUGCCGACCGUGGCAACUACCGUAUACAAGUUUUUACCCGCAAAGGCUUUUUAAAGGAGAUCCGCCGCAGCCCCAGUGGCAUUGAUAGCUUUGUGCUAAGCUUUCUUGGGGCUGAUUUGCCCAAUCUCACUCCUCUCUCUGUGGCCAUGAACUGCCAUGGGCUGAUUGGUGUGACUGACAGCUAUGACAACUCCCUGAAGGUAUAUACCUUGGAUGGCCACUGCGUGGCCUGUCACAGGAGCCAGCUGAGCAAACCGUGGGGCAUCACAGCCCUGCCAUCCGGCCAGUUUGUGGUAACUGAUGUGGAAGGUGGAAAGCUUUGGUGUUUCACUGUUGAUCGAGGAGCAGGGGUGGUCAAAUACAGCUGUCUCUGCAGUGCUGUGCGGCCCAAGUUUGUCACCUGUGAUGCUGAAGGUACCGUCUACUUCACCCAGGGCUUGGGCCUCAAUCUGGAAAAUCGGCAGAAUGAGCACCACCUGGAAGGUGGUUUUUCCAUUGGCUCUGUGGGCCCUGAUGGGCAGCUGGGUCGCCAGAUUAGCCACUUUUUCUCAGAAAAUGAGGAUUUCCGCUGCAUUGCUGGCAUGUGUGUGGAUGCUCGUGGUGACCUCAUCGUGGCUGAUAGUAGUCGCAAGGAAAUCCUCCAUUUUCCUAAGGGCGGUGGCUAUAGUGUCCUCAUUCGAGAGGGGCUCACCUGCCCAGUGGGCAUUGCCCUCACUCCUAAGGGGCAGCUGCUGGUCUUGGACUGCUGGGAUCAUUGCAUCAAGAUCUACAGCUACCAUCUGAGAAGAUAUUCCACUCCUUAGAGGAUGAGAAAUAAUAUUUUCAUCAGUUUCCUAGUCAAUUUUCCUUCCUUUAGUUCUUGCUUAUUGAUGGUACUGUAGAUUAGACUUGGUGUAUGUCUUUUGAUUCCAGCGGGAUUGUCCUGGAAUUUUAGAAGCUCUACCUUUCAGUGUUUGUUAUUUCCUUCUCCCCAUACCAACUCCAAUAAAUUUACAGCUUAAACAGAUGCAUUACUCUAAAUAGGACACAUGAUAGUGUCAGCUGAAAUUUGAUUAGGAAAUAGUCAAUUCCAUGGCUUCAGUAGUGCCACGUUAGCUGUAGUAUUUGAAAUUUGCCCUGGUAAUGAACGCUUGUUGAUUUUUUACCUUUGGGUUUUGAUGUAUUUUUUAUUUUGUUUUGUUUCCUAUUAUAAUGUGCUUCAUCUGUGGAACUUCCUCUUCCCCUCUGGUUGCAUUCUGUGUGCAUGCUUCAGUUCAAUCUGCUCAACCUUUCAGUGACAUUUCAGACAUUUACCCUGCAGCAUGAUAUCUUAGGUUGAUCAGUGUGAAAGUACAUUUAUUAAGGGAGAUACACAAUCCCUUUGGGAAGGAAUACCUUUUGGCUAGGAAUUUGUGCCAUCUUGGAUUAGUCUCUUAUUACAGAUGUACCAGAAAAUGGACUGACCCUAGCUGGUUAGUGUUGAAGACUUCACUGGGAAUCAUUUGCCUUUUAAAUGAACAUGUGGAUUAAAAUUAUGCCACAGCAUAGGAAGACGUGAAUAAGCAAGUAUAAAUGUUCAUACAUCCAGUAAACUUAAUAGUGUCUAGGACUCGUUAUAUUUCAUACUCCUUCCAACAACCUAUGAUAGAAGUUGUUUGAGGAAUUGUAGAACACAGGCCAUGACCAACAAAGUGGGGACACAGACACAUUCAUUUUCAUUAUAAAAACAAAACAACUGUUGGGUACUCUGUAUUUUUCUCAAGUGAGUGCAUACUACUUGGCUUUGGAAUUUAUUUCAGUUCUUCCAAGCAUUAAAUAAUUGAUAACUGUUUCUUCAUCAUUGGUGUUCAUGUCUUUUAAUUAAAUAUGGGAUUUGGGGAGGCAAGGUGAAGGAUAACUUGUACUAUGCUAUUUUGUUUCCUUGUCUGAAACUAUUCUCUGCAAACUUAGGGAUAUACCCAGGUCAGAAUUCAACUCAAAGCACCAUUAUAUAAAGAUAAUCCAAAUCUGACUUCCACCUGUGAACAUAUUUAGCCUCCAGUGUUUGCACCCUGUUCAAAACUGAGUAUUCAUCACAUGUAUAUGUUUAAUUUUUAUAAUUACAGUUCCCCAAAAAAUUAAAA